AUGGACUCCUUCCUCUCCGAGUUGUCAGUGCCCACGGCCGGUCUGGUUGGGUUCUUGUCGGAUGCAUCGGGUGAUGGAACUUGGAACGACGCGUACCGUUGCUUGAAUGCAACUGUGACGAAUGCAAAGAAGGUCGAAAAUGGCUUUGAGUUCACGGGGUCGGAAUCAUACGCCAUGUGGCCCGUGAACAUGUGGACGCAUCACUACGUGCACAGCUUUGUGAAUCACGCGUUUACGCUUGUGGCGACGGUGACGAUUCAUGAGGUUCCGAAAGAGAGCGCUCCUCUGCUGGGCGCGGGCCUGGAGGACAAUGAAAGCACGAAGUUUGUGGGGUUGUCGUACACCACAGAGGAACGGUGGGGGACAGUCUUCAACGGCAUCACGACAACAACACACAGCAGCACUUGGGAGCCGGGGAAGGAGUACAAAGUGGCGAUCAUGCUGCAGGAAAACAAGGGCUCCGUGUACGUGGACGGUGUGCUCGUGGGGAAUACCAACAAACUACCAACCCUUGAGGCACGGAAUUACGAAAUCUCUUACUUUUACUUUGGCGGCGGUGAAAACAGCAGUGUGACAGUAAAGAACGUCUUUUUGUACAACCGCCCACUGGAACUCAAAAAGAUUGACGACUCCAAUGCGUCUGGGAAAAUUGCAGGUGACGGCUCUACGCGUGGUGAUGUAUUCUGGGUGCUAAUUCUGCUGCUAUUGGGGCUGUGGGGCUUUGCGGCCCUGUGCUGA